AUGGCAGCAUUGCUCAAACUUGCGGCAGCUACCACCUUUUCCAGAACCACCACCUUGGCUGGAAUUGUCAGCAGACGCAAUAUCGUUCUGUCAAAUCGUUACUUCGGUGACCGAAAACGGCGGGACUCACGCUCAUCAGAUGGAGCCGACGCAACAGAAAACCGGGUUGAAAAGAAGGGUGCUACCAUCAAGCGCAAAGUCGACGAAAUUGCCCAAAAGUUUGACGACAUGAUAUCGGAAGAUAAGAUCCUUCCAAAUACCGAUAAUCCCAUGAAGAUGAACUAUACUAGCCCCCCAGUAACCGAACGAGUAGUUGACUCGGUCAAGCAGAUCUACCACAAGGCCGAAGAAGCGGUUGAAGACAUGAAACAGAAAGGAAAACAAGUGCUGGGUGAUUACUCUGAUCAGAAAGAGGUUCAAAAGGGACGUUCGGGAACGACGCCUUACAGUGCCGCUGAUGAGGCCAAGCAGGCAUAUGAAACUGCAAAGAAGAAUGUAGUUGAGGGGGGCGACACUCCGCCGAGAAAGUUAUAAGCGAAUUUGAUUACUGUAGAAGCAGAUGCGAUGUCGCUCGGGAGGAACGAGCUGCCAACUACAUACACUUGCUGCGAAACCUUUGCUGCCUUUGAAUUAUCAUCCGGGUCGCUUUUCGAUCUACAUUAGGCUUACCAUUCCGUAUACUUGGCUGAUAUCUACUUUCCAAAUUUUGGUUCUUCCCUUCCG